CCCCAAUAGUGGGCUUGUGGAAUUAUCAGUCAACAUGGGAGAAGAGAAGAAGCAUAUUUAUGAGCAAAUGAGAGAGGAGAUUCAGACUCCUAAAAGGAAGUUUAUUGGAGCAGAAGGAAAAAGUGGAGAUCUGUGUCUGGUUUGCAUCAGUGACACCUGGCACAGAGCUCGGAUUGUAUCGAUUCAAGGUGAAAAAUACAAUGUUUUUCUGAUUGAUCAAGGACAGCAUCACAACACCAAAAGUGAAGCCUUAGCAUGGGGCCCGAGUGACAGUUUUCUUCUUCCACCUGAAAUUGAAUCGUGUAUACUCUCAAAUGUCCUCUCCCUUGAGAAUUCCUGGCCUGAGAAAGCCACAAAGUUUUUGAAAUCUUGGCACGGGAAGCCUUUCAAAGGACUGGUUCAACACGUGUUGAUGACAGACAGAAUUAUUUUCCUUGAUUUGCCAAUUUCCAGACAUUUGUGUAAGCUUGGGGUAGCAAGGAAGGUACCAACAGAUGAGUUUAAACAUCUUGCACUAGAGCGCCUUCAGUCACUAAAAGAAGCCGCCGCUGAGACUCAUCUCAAACCAAAAGAGCAGAACCUGGAUGUCGGUCGCAAACUUGAGAAAAAUACCCAAUACUUUCACCCAGAGCUGUUAACUAAAACUGAUGGAACUGUUAUUGUGACAGAGAUUACCAGCCCAAACAGCAUAUUUUGCAGUCUCCAAAUUCUUUCCAAAGAAGUAAAGAAAUUAUCAGAUGAGACUCACCAGCACUAUGAAACAAGCUCAGAUCAUGGAGAGGCACAACCACAGAUCUGUGGGGAUCCAUGUGCUGCCAAAGGGGAAAAUGGCAGAUGGCAUCGCUCGUUACUCAUGCAGAACAUGACAAGUGAUGGUACAGUGCAAGUAAUGCAUGUGGAUAAAGGAAAAACUGAACUUGUCCCUGUCGGAAACAUUAGGCCUCUUCACAGAAAAUUCCUGAAAAUGCCUGUUUUUACAUAUCGCUGCUCUCUUGAUGGUAUUAAAAAUGACAGGACAGAGUGGACUACAGAGCAGAUUAAUUACUUGAAAUCGCUGCUCCUAAACAAGACAGUCAGGGCAAGUUUUAACCACCAUAAUAAACUUCUAGAUGUCUACUACGUUGAUCUAUACACAUCUGAGAAUGAAUGCAUUAAUUCUUGUUUUAUAAAACAGACAGGACUUCCUCCAUCUUUGGAGGCUGAACAAAAUUCCAUUUUUUUAAAUGGACCCCCUGCCCCAGUUGGUACAUUUGUUCGAUUCCUUGGAGACGAACGAUGUGUAGAUCUCAGCAAUGUCAACAUAAAUUCUAAUGGUUUGCCAGAAGAAGUAUUGACAAGAACCAAGACUGUAGAUGUUGAUAAGUUGGACAGUGUGGAUACGUCUGGAACUGAUGUUGAUACCAAAGAGUACUCAGAACUUUCAGACCCUGCAGUGCUAAGCAAUAAUCAUUUUCCAACAGGCUUCCACUUUGUGACACUAGAUGCUAAUGAUCUUGAUGAUGUGUAUAAUGUAGGAAGACAUAUGAGCGUAAACGUAUCUUGCAUUGAAAGCCUACAGAGGUUCUGGUGUCAAACUGCUGAAAAUGGUGAAACUCUUCAACUCUUUAUGCGAGCCCUACAAAACCACUAUGCGUCCAACAACCCUCAGCCAUUUGUUGAGUCCAUCUGUGUUGCUCGUAAUCCAGACAAUGGCAUGUGGUACAGAGCAAGGAUCCUUGCAAGUCACUACUCCCCUACAGUAGAUGUGAGAUUUAUCGACUAUGGUGACACACGAACGGUUCCUCUAAGAGAUGUACGACCCAUCGAUCCAGCUUUUUUGAAUCUAGGUGCGCAAGCCUUUCAGUGUUGCUUAUUCAAUCACAAAAAUCCCUCCAAUCCUGCAGUUGUUUCUGGGACUGAUGCUGAAUUGGCAGAAUUUAAAAAGUUUGUGGUUUCAGGUGCUUCCUCAGAUACUGGGUUGACAUGCGUCAUCAAAACCGUAACAUCGGAUGAAGAAGGUUUGCCCCUUAACGUGGUGGAUAUUGAAACAUCAACCAACAGUGCAUGCAAGCUUCUGACUCAGAAAUGUGCACAGGCAGAAUCUCAAGUGCCAGUUCCUCCACAGGUCCAAUCAGAUGGAUACAAUUACUCCACAUACAAUAUCGAAGUGGGUGGAAGAGAGGAAGUGCUAGUCACCUCUUCAGAGACUGUCAAUCACUUCUACUGUCAACUGAACAGGAAUUCUAGUUUGUUUUACAAAGUGAUGGAAAAUGUUAAACAGCUGACUGGCAAGCCACAGUGCAACGAUAUCCAAAUUGGACUAAACAGCAUUUGCUUUGCAAGGUACACUGAUAAUCAGUGGUACAGAGGUCAGGUGGUAGAAAUGUCUCCCAAACUCAAAGUACACUUUGUGGAUUAUGGUGAAACCCUUACAGUGAAGGAAUCUGACGUGCGUCCCUUUCCCAGUGAAGCAAGUCUUGCCAGGUCAGCUCCUGUGAUGGCUUUUCCUCUGGGGCUGUAUGACAUCCCUCCAGAAGUACCACAGGAAGUCAAUGAGUGGUUUGCACAAAUGGCUAUCUGCUGUAGUUUGACCAUUUCUGUAGUGGCAAAGGGACCAAAAAGGAAGCUUAUUGUUGAGCUGUUUGAUGGCUCUGUGAAUGUGAAUAAGAUGAUCAAAGAGAAGAUUUCAAAGAGACCGCAACAAAAUUUCUCAAAAGGUUGCGUUCAGGAGACUGACCAACCACUCUCUAGAAGUCCAGAACACUCUAAUGUGCCAAGUGAGGACUUGUCAGCAGGAGAGCUCAUGAAUGUGCCAGCACUACAAAAGUUGACAAAAGUUCAGGGCAACACUGGAAUGCAUUUAGGAGAUGAGCCAAAGAAUAGUCCACAAUCCACAACCAGUGUCUCUGUGACAGAUGUUGAAUAUGAAAUUAAUUCUGUUGAAAGAACAAAGCCAACAUUGGACGUUAUCGUUGAAGCUAAAGAGUCUGUGUUGUCAGAGACAUUUAUACAAGGCAACCAAAGUGACUCGACGACAAAACUUUCCCCAUCUUCUUGUUCAGAGGGAAAUGUGAACAUCUGCAGGUACAAAAGGCCAAACAUUACUCUAAACAAGACAGAGGAAGUGUACGCUUCCUGCAUUGUUGGACCAGAUUACUUCUGGUGUCAAAGCAGUAACACAGAAGACCUGGACAUGGUGUCUAUGCUUACACAGGAAGCAGGGAACAUGCAACUGGAUGUUGUGUUCUCAAAAACUUUGGGGCCUGGUAGUCUAUGCCUUGCUCUGUUUCCCAGCGACAACCAAUGGUAUCGAGCUCAAGUAAUCCAGAGAACUGAGAGUACACUCCAUGUUAUGUUCAUUGAUUAUGGAAAUGAGUCUGAAGUUGACAUCAUUAAUGCGAGAGCAGUACCUCAGAGUCUGCUGGAUCAGGCUCCUCAGGCCUUUUUGUGCUCUCUGAAUGGAUUUGAUGAGUCCAAGGGCUCUUGGGAUGACAAUGUUUAUGAUGACUUCUACACUCUCUUGGUUGAUAAAUCGCUCAGAGUAACAGUGUUAGAUGUGAAAGAUCAGUCAGAGACUACGACUCCUCAAUAUGCAGUGCAAAUAGAGUGUGGAAAUGUGCUUGUUAAUGAAGCAAUGCAGAAACACUGGAAGACCUCUGCCACAGAACAUGUUGAAACAGAAAACCCUCAGAUAGAAAACUCAAUUCAGGACAAUCCAGCAGAAUUCAAGUCAUCACACCUCUGUGUUUCCAAAGAAAAUGUGAAUAUUUGCUUGUACAAGAAGCCAAACAUUUCCAAAAACAGAAAAGAGGAGGUAUACGCCUCUUGUAUUGUAGAGCCCCAUUACUUCUGGUGUCAAUAUGCCAAUACAGAAGAGCUUAACAGCAUACUGAGUCUUGUUCAGGAAGCAGGAAAGGCACAGCAGGACAAUAUGUUCCCUGAAACUCUUAUCCCUGGAAGUCCCUGCCUUGCUUUGUUUUCCAGUGAUGAUCAGUGGUACCGAGCUCAAGUAAUAUCAAGAGCUGAUGAUACAGUUCAUGUUCUGUUUAUUGACUAUGGGAACGAGGCUGAUGUUAACUUAAAGGAUGUGAGACCACUGCCCCAGAGACUGCUGGAUCAGGCUCCUCAAGCCUUCUUAUGUUCUUUAAAUGGAUUUGAUGUGUCCAGAGGCUCCUGGGAUGAUGGGGUGUCUGAAGACUUCUACAAUGUUCUGGUUGAUAAACCACUCAAACUCAAGGUUUUCAACUUGGAGGAUCAUUCAGAGCAUCCUGUUCCUCAGUAUGCUGUGGAGAUUGAGAGUGAGGGAGUGGUUGUAAACACUGCAAUGCAGAAAUACUGGAGACCAGUUGCCAAAGAAAGGGUUUCAGUAAAAAGCCCUUCUACUGAAAAAUUACCUCAGAACCGUCAAAAAGAGUCCAACGCAACACACUUAAGUUUUACCAAAGGAAAUGUGAAUGCUUGCAUGUACAAGGCGCCAAAAGUUGCCAAAAGCAAGACAGAAAUGGUGUAUGCCUCUUGUAUUGCGGAGCCCCAUUACUUCUGGUGUCAAUGUGUCAACACAGAAGAACUUAACAAGGUAUCUGUGCUUGCUCAGGAAGCGGGGCGAGAACAACAGAACUUUGUGUCCCCUGAGCUUCUUGGUCCUGGAAGUCCAUGUCUUGCUCUGUAUUCUUCUGAUGGACAAUGGUAUCGUGCUCAAGUUAUGUCUAAAACUAAUGAUGCAUUUCAUGUUGUGUUCAUUGACUAUGGAAAUGAGGCUGAGAUUCCCAUCAGCAAUGUGAGACCACUACCCCAAAGUCUACUGGAUCAGGCUCCUCAAGCCUUUUUGUGCUCUUUGAAUGGAUUUGACAAGGCCGAAGGCUCCUGGGAUGACGAUGCUUACGAUGACUUCUACAAUCUUCUGGUUGACAAAGCACUCAGAAUGACAGUGCUCAGCAUGGAAGACCAUUCAGAUAAUCCAGUUCCUCAAUAUAAAGUUGACAUUGAAUGCAACAGUGUGGUUGUGAAUACACUAAUGGAGAAAUACUGGAAAGGACUGAAGACAGACCAUGCCUUGGCAAAAGGAUUCAGGGCAGGUGAGCUGGAUGGAGACGAGUGCUGAUGUAGGAGUCAACCGAAAGCUGUCCAGUGAUGGCUGUGACCCAGGAAAAUGUCCUUUUGAAGGAAGUCAUCUUUCAGCAGAGCAAUCCUGACAUUUAUAAUAUUUGUUUGUGUAGUUAGAUUAUUUUUAUUUAAGAAAUAAAAUGACAUGACAUGUGUUGUGGUAAAAUUUUAUUAAUAAAAACAAUUAGCCUACAUGAGUCAAUUUUUAAAGUCUUUGCUUGUUAUGCAUUUUUUUCCCAAAGAUCAGGGGGUUGGGAUUUGUUUGGUAGUGGCUUUUUCUUUUGUCAUUGUUAUUAGUAUGGUUUAAUGUGUUAAGCUAUUUCUCAUAAA